AGAGCAGCGCGGGCAGCGAUGGCCGGCGGCGAGCGGCGCGUGCCCGGCGGCCCCGAGCGGGUGGCGCUGAAGAAGGAGAUCGGGCUGGUGAGCGCCUGUGCCAUCAUCAUCGGUAAUAUAAUUGGUUCUGGGAUCUUUAUUUCACCGAAAGGAGUUUUGGAGCACGCCGGCUCGGUGGGACUUGCUCUCAUUAUUUGGGUGCUUGGCGGCGGUGUGGCUGCCCUUGGCUCGCUGUGUUACGCUGAACUGGGAGUCACCAUCCCCAAGUCAGGAGGGGAUUAUUCCUAUGUCACAGAGAUUUUUGGUGGGUUAGCCGGGUUUCUGCUGCUGUGGAGCGCAGUGCUUAUCAUGUACCCAACUAGUCUGGCUGUCAUUGCACUGACCUUCUCAAACUAUGUCCUGCAACCUGUCUUCCCUAACUGUAUUCCCCCCUAUAAUGCCUCUAGGAUCCUCUCCAUGGUGUGUUUACUCCUCCUGACCUGGGUGAACAGCUCCAGUGUGCGAUGGGCAACGCGCAUUCAGGAUAUAUUUACAGCAGGAAAACUCUUAGCCCUGACCCUUAUCAUUAUUGUGGGCUUCAUACAGAUCUUUAAAGGAAACUACAAAGAGUUGACACCAAGCAACGCAUUCAAUUUUUGGAUGACUCCAUCUGUGGGGCAUUUAGCAUUAGCUUUUCUUCAAGGGUCCUUUGCAUUCAGUGGCUGGAACUUCUUGAACUAUGUAACAGAAGAGCUGGUUGAUCCCCGCAGGAACCUACCUCGUGCCAUAUUCAUAUCCAUCCCAUUGGUGACAUUUGUGUAUACGUUCACCAACAUUGCAUAUUUCACUGCCAUGUCACCCCAAGAGCUCUUGUCCUCCAACGCUGUGGCGGUAACAUUUGGUGAAAAGUUACUGGGCUAUUUUUCCUGGGUUAUGCCAGUCUCAGUGGCUCUAUCUACAUUUGGAGGAAUAAAUGGAUACCUUUUUACCUCAUCAAGGUUAUGUUUCUCUGGUGCUCGAGAAGGCCAUUUGCCAAGUUUGCUUGCCAUGAUCCACGUCAAGCACUGCACACCCAUUCCUGCCCUUCUUGUCUGCUGUUUGGCCACACUUAUCAUCAUGCUUGUUGGAGACACAUACACGCUAAUCAACUACGUGUCAUUUAUUAACUACCUCUGCUAUGGAGUGACAAUUAUAGGCCUGAUUGUUUUACGCUGGAAGAAACCCAAAAUCUUCAGACCUAUCAAGGUGAACCUCCUCAUCCCCAUCACUUAUCUGGCGUUUUGGGCAUUUCUGCUGAUCUUCAGCUUAUACUCUGAGCCGAUCGUCUGUGGGGUUGGACUAAUUAUCAUUUUAACCGGAGUGCCAGUGUUUUUCCUUGGAGUCUACUGGAGAAAUAAACCAAAGUGUGUAAAUAGGCUGAUAGAGUCCAUGACGUGCUGGGGGCAGAAGCUGUGUUUUGUGGUGUACCCUCAGUGUGGAAGUGCCGAGGAGGAGGCCUCCUCGGCCCACUCUUGGCAGCCGGUGAGCGGGACAGCAGUGAGGAAAUAACAGCGUGGCCUUUGAGGCUGAAGUGGCUUCUUGUUUACAUGCUGAUUUUUGAAAAAAGUUUUUCUGGAAAAAAAAAAUGGUUUUAGAGCUCCAAUAGUGAAGCCCAUAAAAUGAGCUACACCCUUUAUGGCCUCUGUAGCUUUUAGUUAUUCCCUAAGAAAAAAAAAAAAAAAAGAAAAAAAAGAAAAGAAAUAAAGUGUAAAAUAAGGUGCUGGUUGGGGUUUUUUUCUGGCAGCAUUCUUGCUCAGCAGGGGAAAGCAGCACAGACACAGCUCUGGAAUAUUGAUUUUAGUCACCACGAGGGUCCACCAGAGACAUACAAAUUUAGGCAUUUCAAAACUAGGGCAGUUCCCAACACAAAAUCAAAGUACAGAAAUCAAGAGAAAGCAAGGAGACUUCUUGCUGCCCCUGGGUGGGGUGAAUGCCCACAUAACAUGAGGCAUCAAAGUUACAAUCCAAGGGAUCACCCCUUCACAGAGCUGGAGGAGCACAGCAUCUCCAUCCCAGCUCCAAAGACCAGCGCAGCUGGGGCAGGGUGACUGCACUGAGCACGGACCGCAGAGUAAAACCUACAGCACCAACAAUCAUCUGGACAGUUCCAGCAUCAUUUUGUGACACAGAAAAAAGAUACAGAAGUAGUGAUCUAAAUCUCAAGUAUCUCAGUUUUGAAGCAUUGUUGUAAAGGUGGAGGGGGGUUCCUGCAUCCCAGAUGGGACAGGGCUCACUGCAGCACCCAGGAACUCCUGCGUGAAGCUCAGCAGGAUCCAGGUGCCAGCUGGGGAGGAUGGAGACAUGGAGAGGUUUGCAGUGGGAUCAGCAGUGGGAACUCAAAGGAAACAUGGGAAAGGAGCCUGAUGUUCCUCCUGUCUAUUGAGGUGUCAGGUGGUGCCACGUUGCUUCAGAGACCAAUUCCCCAUUUCAGCUGUGCUCAACCAAGUAACGAGCCUAAAUUACUCACACAUCAGAUGCUCCUUAGAAAGUGUUUUGCAUAUUUUAUUUGUGCCAUGCACUAGGAAAAAAAUCUCAUUUGUGCACUUAAUUAAUAUAUGGAGAUUUGCUGCUGUAGCAAUAUGGCCACUUUUACAACAGGGAAUCUUCUGAAAAUGCAAAAUCUGAGAACAGCUCUGAGCUACUAUUCUUUCACGGUUUUUGAAAACAAAAACUAUGACAUUCAGUAGCCUUGGUAACAGCCAUCUGAGUGUAAUUUAAAAAUAUCUUUCUAUGGUCCUGGCACAAAAAUUACGGAUUCAUUAUCUCUUAGUUAAUUAUUCAGAAAUACUUUUGUUUUUAAAUAAUAAUAAUAAUAAUAGUAAUAUCUAUAUAUUAAAAUUCUAUUCAUCUCUCUCCAAAAUUUCAGAUGGUAGACACUAAAAAGGAACACAGCUUACAUUCUUCUCUUUGUAUAAAGCUGUUAACUAUAAGAGAUCAAAAUAUAUAUUUAGCUAGAAAAAAAGGUGUGGUUUUAUGUGUAUAUAUGCACACAUGUAAAGAAAGAUACCACAUUUGAAAUAACAGUAUGAACAUACAGUCUGCUAAUGGAAAUCAUAAAUAUUCAGCUUGCUUUAACAAAAAAAAAAAUCAGAGCAAAAAUCUCUGUGGCUAAGCAGCACCUGAACUUUAAAUAAUGUCAGAGGCUCUCAUGGCUAAGUCUCCUUUUCCAUAGCUCAAAAUCCACUUUCUGUGGUAUAAUUCCAACAGAUUAACUCCUUCAAUACCUUUAUUAGCUAGUGGGAAAACUAAAUGUAUUACAGCAUCAGCAAUACUGAUUGCUUUCAGAACUGCUAAGUUUUGGCGUGGAUUUAUUUUUGUUUGUUUAAAAAAUUAAGGUAAGGAAAUGAGCUAGCAUGGAAAAUUUGCAGCUCUUGAGACAAGUCUGUAUGGUAAUGAGAAAGGUAGUAAUAAUAGUAAUAGUAGUAAUGCUGCAACAGCUACCAAGGCUUUUCCUGGCUGUUGUAUAAGGAAAUCAAAAGCAAAAUUAAAGAACAAAUUCCUCUUAAUUGUCAAUUGAGUUUGGCUCAAAUUUUCCCUGAUUAUACUCACACGCUUUAAAAUUAAUAACAUUUGGCCUUAAAUCAGAAGGCUCAAUUUAGAACAGCAUUAUUUACUAGACUUCAUCUUUGAAUUAGAUACCAAUCCCCAAAAAGUGUUCCACAAUGUUUCAUUUUUAGGAACAGCUUCAUCUCUGCUCACAGUGUCACAUACAAUAAAGGCUUUGCAAAUGUUAGUGCCUAACGUGUAAAAUUUCUACCCAUAGAAAUCAAUGUACAAAAUUAGAAAGAUAAAUUCAUAUGCUAAAUGAAAUUUAGCAGCACACAAUCCAUAUAAGAGAGAUUUUUCCUAAAGACAAAGCAACUAGCUUCAAAGGAGACAUAAUUACUAGUAUUUUAAAGCCCACUGAACAAAAGAAAAACCUUGAAACAGCUGACAAUAUCAGCAUGUUGAGAAUAUUGUGAUACUUGAUACAGAGAAGCAAGUUGUUUCCAACAGAAAGGAGUUUAAAUAAAACUUGAAUAGCAGCACAGUACCAUAUAAGCCUAUAAAUUAUGUGCUAUUAUAUUUAUGUAGCAUAAAAUAUUAGAGGCUGUAAUGCAGAAAAAUACUCCGGGGAGUAUCACCUGUAAGUCAGCCUACAGAAAAGUCAAUAAAAAAAGGAUUGGAUUAUUCUUAUCUGAUUUUCACAGUAUUGAAAAAGCAGCAACAGUUAUGUCAUCACUGCUAAAUGCUUUGCAAGACAGAAGCAGAGAAGAUAAAAUUCCAGGAGUCGAGUGGGCACUGUUGGGAAGCAGGAGAAUGAGGCAGAGGUACUUCUGCUGGCUUGGCUACCCUCAAGCAUUUUCAAAAACUUGAUAAAGGAAUCAAUUUUUUCCAUUCACAUUAGUACAUAAACCAGAAAAGUUUGAUCUCAGAAGGGUCAAGGGAAGAGACUCACAGAAUCACAGAAUAUUUUGAGUUGGAAGGGACCCACAAGGAACAUCGAAUCCAGCUCUUAAGAAAUUGACCCAUAUGGGGACUGAACCUUGGGUUCAGCACCAUGCUGUUUCAGUUCAAAGCUUUCCUCCAACUCAAGAAGGACAGAUGAGUCCCUGUGUAUUUAAUAAUACAUUUGACUUGGAAGCAUCUUUACAAAACAUGUAUCCAAAAAUACGCAGAAAAGAUUUCAUUAGCCAUGCUCCAUCACUUCUGAAAGCACAAGCCCUGAUGCAGCCAUCGACCUUGAGACAGGGGCUGGAGGCCCCAGGGGAGCAGCACAUUUGUCUGGCGAGGUGCUGUGGUGGGUUGGGAGCCCAGGACAGAGCCUCUGCCACAGCCCACCUCCAAACAAGCUAAUGCUGUGAGAGAAACGUGCUGGAGAGCUGAAGUUAAACAAAAUAAUUCAUCUUCAAAGGAAAGACACCAACCAACCAACCAACCAGCCCCCAGCAGACAUGCUGUCCCACACUUCAUAUUCAGAAGCCUUUGUCAAGGUACUUCUCACGUUUCACUUAUUGUUAAUUUGUUAAACCUUGGGAAAAAAAAUUUGGUUUCCAGCCCCUUUGUACCAAGAACCAAAUCAGAAAUUGUUAGCAGUUACUCAGCUGCUGAGGAGUUCUAUGAGAGAUAUUGAAAGAAAAAUAAAGGGUAAACUUUGCUUAGAAUUUGUCUUUUCCUAAAGCUUUAGAGUUCAGACAGUUGCAAACCAAACUCUGGUUUUUAAACCUCCUCUCCUUGGUCCUUGACACCUCUCAACAGUGCUCUAUCUUCAAAUAGAAACUUCUGCGCUUGGACAAAUGGAAAAGGAAAAUCCAAGAAAAAGGAUUAGAAAGUGAGAAGAUGCUGAGAGGCCAAAACCAAAUUUGUCUUAGAGUCUUACAGUAAGACAUAGCGAUAGAAGGAAGAUCCAGAAGGCAUCAUAAAGCAGGGAACACAUAGAAUGAAAUAAAAAAACACAUAGGAUAAAAUGUAAAUCACCACCACUCACCUCAGUCUUGGUAACCAUUUAAUCCCUGUAGCCAAGAUCACAAGAAACAGAAUCUGAAAAGGGAAAAAUGGCUCACUGAACUGUUUGCUAGGGUGACAAACUGACAAAGGACAGGACACGAGGUGUGCUGCCUGCAAGGUUCAGGUUCAGACAGAUAUUUGUACUGGAUUUUAAAUCCUAGCACCUGCCUGGGAGAUUAAAACUCAAUUUUUGGCCAAGUCCAAAAAUCUUAA